AUGUCCCGAUCUGUCCGCGCCUUCCUUGCACUUGCAUUAGAAAGCAAGCCACCUCCAGUUCCCCGUCGCACCGUCCACUGUCCAGUGACUCCGGUCGCCUUAGUACACAGGCACGAAGGCACGCCAAUCCUCGUCUCCUCUGUGCAAAGCUACGAAUGCCGUCUUCAGGCUUCACCACCUCUGAUACCUCUUUCUCUUUGGUCAGAUAUUCAGUCCGCCAUCAUCUCAGACAUUUCAUCCGUCGCUCAACCAAUCCAAUGGCUCGUUGAAACUACUUCUUCUUCUUCUCGGAGCCGGACAGUUCCUCGGGACCCAGCCGAACGAACAAUCUCAUGA